AAUAGGUAUGUACUUAAGACCUCAUUCUUGUAUCACGUAGGAGUAGUAUGAACAAACCUUACUACUCGAAAUGUUUGUUUUUGAGAAUUUCUAUCUUGCUCUACUUUUGCCAAUAGCAGUCUUUGCACAAAUUGUGUUAGGAUGGGAUACCUGUGAUUUUACAACUAAGUGUCGAAAAUACAAAGAUGAUUGCGAUGAAAUGGGCAAACAGCUAGGGAAGGAUAACUCCGUUGAUGCUAUACUGAUGAUUCCAAAAUGCAUCAACAAUAAAUGUGUUUGCAGUCCAAGGAUGAUGAAAGAAACUAAAGAACCUGUCUGGAAGGAUAUGUAUCCGAAGUUAGAUAAAAAAGUACAUAAUAUGCACAUACAUGCGACGAAACGCAAUAAAACAUUCAAAUGA